GGUGCCAAGAAGCUGGGACGAGGGAACGUGGGUGUAAAUAGACAGUGAACGCUCUUGGUCUCUCUCUCCCUCUCUCUCUCUCUCUUCUUCUCUCUCUCUCUCUCUCUCUCCCUCCCCCUUCUCUCUGUCUCUCUGUCUCUCUUUUAUGAAAUCAAUGAACGAGUUAUUGGGUAGGACAUAAAUAUAAGGAAUCAAAGCCUCCACCGGGACCAACGGCAUUGCGCGCUUUUUGAUAUGCGUCUUCGCCAAAUGCUACAUGUGUUUUCACAUCAGUGUAAAUAUUGGCUUUGAUAGGAGGAGAGCGGAGUCAGCUCUGGCACCACUUGGUCUCGGAACCAAAUUUUGACCAAGACUUCCACCAGCUUUAUUUUUUUUUUUCAACGUAAAAAGAUUUUCCACCGUCACCAUCUGCUGCUGUUGUUACUCAUCCCAACUCACUGGCCGGUCCGAAGAUGGCAACUUUAACCAACGGGCAGGUGGACGGCACGGUGCACGGUGUCGGUGUGGUCUCCGCCAGCACGAACGGGCUAGUGAACGGAUUAAGCCACAGCCACAGCCCGGUGGGCUGCCCGGCCACCAUCCCCAUGAAGGACCACGAUGCCAUCAAACUCUUCAUCGGUCAGAUCCCCCGCAACCUGGACGAGAAAGACCUCCGGCCCCUCUUCGAGGAGUUCGGCAAGAUCUACGAGCUCACUGUGCUGAAGGACCGCUUCACGGGCAUGCACAAAGGCUGUGCCUUCCUCACCUACUGUGCCAGAGAGUCGGCCCUGAAAGCCCAGAAUGCAUUGCAUGAGCAGAAGACCCUGCCAGGGAUGAACAGACCAAUCCAGGUGAAGCCAGCAGACAGUGAGAGUCGAGGAGAAGAUAGAAAGCUCUUUGUGGGCAUGCUCAACAAGCAGCAGUCAGAAGAUGAUGUGCGGCGCCUUUUCGAGUCCUUCGGCAGCAUCGAGGAAUGCACCAUCCUCAGAGGUCCUGACGGAAACAGCAAAGGCUGUGCAUUUGUAAAAUACUCCUCUCAUGCUGAAGCUCAGGCAGCCAUCAGUGCACUACAUGGCAGCCAGACAAUGCCUGGUGCUUCAUCCAGUCUGGUGGUGAAGUUCGCCGACACGGAUAAGGAGCGCACCAUCCGCCGCAUGCAGCAGAUGGCUGGUCAGAUGGGCAUCUUCAACCCUAUGGCCCUGCAGUUUGGAGCCUAUGGAGCCUACGCUCAGGUGCAGCAGCAGGCGGCAUUGAUGGCGUCUGUAGGCCAGGGAGGCUACCUCAGUCCAAUGGCGGCCUUUGCUGCUGCCCAGAUGCAGCACAUGGCCACCAUCAAUGGCCUCCCAGGAGCACCGCUGACCCCAACGUCAGGUGGCAGUACUCCACCAGGCAUCAGCGCUCCCACAGUGACCAGCAUACCCUCCCCCAUUAGUGUAAAUGGUUUUACUGGCAUGCCACCCCCCCAGGCAAAUGGGCAGCCUCCUGCAGAGGCUGUCUUCACCAACGGGAUACACCAUUACCCUGUGUUGCAGGAGGUGGUUUUUAGGGAGGACUCGGAGAAAAACGGCUUGGGCGUGGCUCCGCGGAGUUGUUUUGGGGUUCAGGGUGGCUGCUUCCUCUCCUCUCUCUCUGAAGCUCAAAGUCCCACUGCAGCUGAUCCUCUCCAGCAGGCUUACACAGGAGUCCAGCAGUAUGCAGCAGCCUACCCUGCUGCAUACGGACAGAUCAGCCAAGCCUUCCCCCAUCCUCCACCCAUCAUUCCACAGCAGCAACGAGAAGGACCAGAGGGUUGUAACCUGUUCAUCUACCACCUCCCUCAGGAGUUUGGGGAUGGAGAGCUGAUGCAGAUGUUCCUGCCUUUCGGUAAUGUCAUCUCCUCCAAAGUGUUUGUGGAUCGGGCGACAAACCAAAGUAAAUGCUUUGGGUUUGUGAGCUUCGACAACCCAGGCAGUGCCCAAGCUGCCAUCCAAUCAAUGAACGGCUUCCAGAUCGGCAUGAAAAGACUCAAGGUUCAGCUGAAGAGGCCAAAGGACGCCAACCGCCCCUACUAGCCCCCGCCCCAGCCAGCCACCGCCACCCUGGUGGCCGGGGCAGCCGUCACACACGGGGAAAGACAGGUUUUGUUGAGCUGAAUCAUAUGUUGACUUCUUGCUACCCGCCGCUGAGUGCAAAUUCAACAUCUGGACCACUGAGGCUGCUUCGGAAACAGAGGAGAGAGAGAGAGCGAGCGAUGACCGAGUCAAGGACACCUCCUUUUGGAUGUAAAACUUUGGAACUCAGAGAGAAUUUGUACCAGCCUGGUUUGCCCCAGGACCUUUUUCCUUCUGCACACAUAUACACACCUCUUUCCCCACAAAAACCUGCUUGAAUGACAGCUACCGUUUCUGGACCACAAAAAAAACUUUUACUUGAACAAUGAUGGGGGGAAAAAAGUAAAAGAAACUACAUCUAACCUACUUACAGUGACCAACCCCACUGAACUCUGAAAAGGAAAAUGGAUGUCAAGAGUCCAACAAGAACAAAACUUCUCAUAAACUGAACAGAGGAUUGCCGUAGGAGAUAUUUCUGAAAUACGGUUCGAGUUCGGGGCAAUUGACUUUUGAAGACCAAUUUAUAAGACUUGAAACAAGAAGUGACAAGAAAUACUCGAACUUAAGUAGGGAAUGUGAUAUUUUCAGGACACAAAUUGGCGUCGAUUUGGGACGGCCAUCUUUAGCUCGGAGUGCCUGUCCGUUUCCAGGGGAUACCGUUGCCAAGGAGAGCCAUAGCAACGGUCUCCAGGAAGUCUUACCUGUCAUUCCUUAGUUGUUUUAGGGACCAAAAGACCAAACAUUUUUAUUGCUGAGGACUUGUAGCUCUAAUAUACUCGGACCACUGCAUCUCUUUCAGUCAGUGUUAACUGGUUGAGGAGUUGCACUUAAAAGAAGUGUACAUUUCGAAUAUAUACAACACAUGUAUAUAUAUACAUAUAUAUUGCUGAUAUGCUUUUUGAAUACAGGCAGAACUAUUUCAGAUGACCAAAUGGGGUCUCUCACUUCGCUAGUUUACAAUUACUCAAAAUGUUUAUUUUUUUCUCUUCUCAUUUUGUCUUGGGAGGGAUGGCGAGUGCAUGGGAGGGGCUGCUCCGUAUCACAGCCUUAUCUUUUUUAACUUGACAUCCUAACCUCAUAGAUAGAAUAACAUCAGAAACGUUUGAAAUAUAUGAACUUGUUUAUAUUUGCAGUACAUAUAUAUGUAUAACAAGCAUUCAAGCAAAUGUAUUCAUAUAUACAGUAUAUAUGGAUAAAUAGAUA